AAAUGGUGCCAUAGUAUCGUCUGAAACCCAUGGGUUAAUACAAGCAAAUUGUCGUUUAUCUGGUUGGUUAUCUAAUUUAUCUGGAAUGCCUGAUCUUACGUUAAAUUUCGUAAAUCCAAGGGUGUUGGAUGAUUGUAGUUUUCAUCCAUGUGUUAGAUAUAACAAAUUUGAAAAUGAACGUGUACUUUCUUUUGUACCACCUGAUGGUCAUUUUAAAUUAAUGAGUUAUCGGGUAAAUUUGCCACAUCAUCAAUCUUUACCCGUAUAUGUAAAACCCCAAAUACAUAUUGGAAACAAUGGCGGUAAAUUUGAUAUUUCAAUUAAUAUAAGAAAUACAGAUGGAAAGCCAGUAGAAAAUGUUUUAUUAGUAUUUCCUUUAGCACAAUCUGUAUCGAAUGUAAAUGCUACAUGUAAUCUUGGUUCAUAUAUUUUUGAUCCCGUCACAAAAAGCAUUAGAUGGGAUUUAGGUAAGAUAGAACUUAAAGAUAGACCUUUAUUAUCUGGAAACUUUAAUAGUCCUGAACAAACGCCAGAAUCAGGACACACAAUUACAUUAGAAUUUUCAAUAAAUAUGUAUGCUAUAUCGGGACUUAGAGUCGAUAGUUUAAAGAUAUAUAAUGAAGGAUAUAAACCAUAUAAGGGUGUGCGAAGUUUAACUAAAGCUGGAAAGUUUCAAAUUCGGACAUAG